CAUCUUUGAGCAUUAUGACUCAUCCAUCUGUAUUCUGAAGCCUGCCCUGUUUUUGCCCUGUGCUGCUAGUAAUCACUCAGUUACCCUCGGACACUGCAAGGGGAAGGUUGUUCGCUCCUACUAACUUAAUCCAUCUUGUGAGCUUGUUCCCUUCAACAUGGUCCGCGGAUUUCUGGCGGUGGUGGUGGUCGGCGUGUGUCUACACCCCACCCCAGCAGCUUCCUUUGACAUCUCCAGCUUCAUCUCCACUACGGCUGACACGGUGAUCAAGCGUCUCUACGUGGACCAGGAAAUCAAUCUUUUCGAUCACUACUGUAUCAUAAGUCGCAGUCCUCACAUCAGCAGGUGGGAACUCAAGUGGCAAGCGACUGUUACCUGCCCCGGAUGGACGCCUGUGAAAGGAAAAGUGCGAGGCUACUCCAACCCUUUGUCAGCUGAGCGAGAGGCCACCAGAGACUUUGUGCAGAGAAUCGUACAGCGAGGACUGGUCACAAGGGACGAGGCGAGUGAGUGGCUGUGAGCUGCACGCCACCACACCACCACACCGCUACACUACAGCAUCACCACACCACACCACCACUACACUAAGGCUCGUUUUUUUUUAAGCACUCCUGCACUUCACCUUCACUAUUUCAAAAGGCUUUUAUUUAAGUUUACAUGAGUUUUUUAAGGUGUUUUUACGUUUCUAGAGACAGAUUGACACGAUUUCUACACUAUUAACUGGAGAAACACUCUUGAAAACUCCGCUAGUCAUCUCUAUGCUCUUGGAAAAUAGUCGUGGUGAGAGGGCAAAGAUUUCUAAGGUGUUUUUAUGGUUCUAGAGACAGAUUGACACGAUUUCUACACUAUUACCUCUAGAAACACUUGAAAAACCACUAGUCAUCUCUUUAAUAAUAGUCCUGAUGAGAGAGCAAAGUGUUUCUGAAUACGGGCCACAAACGCCACAACACCACAACACCACAACACCACACGACAAAAUAAUAUAAGUAGUAAUGACUGUUGUGUUUAUUCUCUUCCCGACAAAGUGUAAUGUCGAGGAAGUUAUCAAAAAGACAGUACUAAAAGAGAAAGAUUAAAUACAUAAGGUGUU